UGGAGCACACUCCUGUUCUGUGGCCCGGGAGUGCAGAGCUGUGAAGUUCACAGGACCCCUGAAUGACCUGCUCUAACACAUCUGGGCCAUGGUUUGAAACCCCUCUGGGGUCCAGUAGCCAGCAGCACCCAGAACCAGCACAGGGACCAGGCUUUGUAUGCUGGGGACAGAGAUUGUCUUGUUUGUCUUGUGCCAAAUCCUCCUUACCCAAUUCAGGCUUGGCUCUGGCAGCAUGUGAUUUGAAAUAACCUUGUGUAAGUGUACUGGGUUCCUCUAUGAAACACUGCAAUUACAUUUCAACAUUGCUUUACAGUCUGGAUGUGAGCAAUAUUUUGAUAAGCCAACACAACAUUUCAGAAAUGUGGACCUUCUCCUUGUAAAUAAAUGGACAAACUCCCUGACACCUUCCUGCUGUAUUUCAUAGUCAUCUGCUAUAAGUACUGCAUGUUUUGCUUGUUUCUAUGUGCCUAGGUGAACUAUGAAUAGUCACAGGAGAAAAAGCAGAAAAAGGCAGUAUAGAGUGGUGAUUCAGGACCAAAAGCAAGCUCCAAUCUUAAUGCAGCAGCUUUUCUGCUUGUAACUUUAGCUUCUGUUUCUUUCAGAAAUACUUAGCAGGAUGCAUUGAAUAAAAUAUGACCAUCCCUCUUCACUAAAGCACCAGCUACAAAGGAGAGGAACAGCAAAAGGCCUUGAGCACACGUGAACGUCUCUGUCUGCCUGAGAGCACCUGAUGCCCUUGAGUCACGAAUUGUCCAGCACAGACACAUCUCACCCUCCUACCUGGACAGGAAGGCCUGGGAGAGCACUGACAGCAGGAUUCUACCAAGGUCGUGAUGCUAGAGGGAUCCACAGAAGAGCUCCACAGCAGCCAACCCUGUGAGAGCCAAGUGACUGAGCCUGCUGGGCUGCUGGCUCCCAGGAGCAGCAGGACACUGGUGACAGGAGGUGGAGGCUACCUGGGAUACAAUCUGGGAUGUGCCCUUGUUAGCUCUGGAAUUCCUGUUGUGCUGUUCGAUGUUCGCAAACCUAAAUGGGAAAUUCCAAGCGGAGCAGAUUUUGUUAAGGGUGAUGUGAGGGAUUAUGAAGCAGUGUUCAGAGCAUGUGAAGGGGUUGACUGUGUUUUCCAUGUAGCUGCAUGUGGAAUGUCGGGAUUGGAACAACUUCAAAAGAAAGAGCAGAUUGAAUCCAUAAAUGUUGGAGGCACAAAAAUAAUAAUUGAUGUCUGCAAACAAAGAAAUAUCCCUAGACUGAUAUAUACCAGUACAGUGAAUGUGGUGUUUGGAGGGAAUCCUAUUGAAGAAGGAGAUGAAGAAACUGUCCCAUAUUUUCCACUGGAAAAGCAAUUUAAUCAUUAUUCCAGAACCAAGGCAAUUGCAGACCAAAUGGUUCUUGCUGCUAAUGGAACUUUACUCAAAGGAGGGGACAAGCUCCACACGUGUGUGCUUCGCCCACCGGGCAUCUACGGACCAGAAGAGCAGCGGCACCUGCCUCGAGUAGCCAUAAAUAUCCAGCGGAGACUUUUUAAUUUCAAGUUUGGGAAUCACAAAGUUCAGAUGAACUGGGUUCACAUAGGAAAUCUAGUGCAAGCUCAUUUACUGGCUGCUGAGGCUCUCACCUCUGAGAAGGGCUAUGUAGCUAGUGGUCAGGCUUAUUACAUCCACGAUGGUGAAAAUGUCAUCUUCUCGGAGUGGAUUGUGCCUCUGUUUGAAAAAUUAGGCUACAGGAAACCUUGGAUACAUAUUCCCGUUCUCCUGGUUCAUAUAGCAGCUGCUGUGAUGGAAUAUCUGCACCUGAUACUAAAGCCAGUUUUCAGCUUUACACCUUUCUUGACAAGGAAUGAGGUGUGGAAUGUCACUGUAACUCACACUUUCCGAAUAGACAAGGCACGAAAUCAACUCGGUUACAAACCGAAGAAAUUCUCAUUCGCUGAUUCUGUGGAUCAUUACCUAAAAACAAGACCUACCUGCCAAGAAGAUCACACUUUCCUUAAAAUGGUGUUUGUUUUUGGCAUUAUGUUAAGUUUGCUCAUUCUUUCUUUCUUCUAAAAUCAAAUAACCACUUACUGUUCCAGAAAACCUCAUUUUGUUUCUGAGUAUUAACUAUCUGGUCAUAGUACAUUCCUCAUUCCUCAGCCACUCUGGACUUUGCUAUUCAUAUUGCUAUGAUGGCACCUGUCUGACCUCAUUAAGAAAGAGAAAAAAACAAACAAACAGAAAACAACUAGAGAAGUGAAAACAGAGGAUGUAUCAAGAAAUGUUCCCCAAGAGCAACACAGUGUUACAGCAAAGGAGAUCACCACAAAUGGGUACAGGAAUAGUUUUAAUGGAUCUUUAUUAAGUUAUUGUUUCAUGCUGGGAAGCAUUUUCUAAAAGUGAUAAUUGAGGAGGGUGAGAAGGGGGAAGAAGAGGAACUGUCACAGGACAACAGUGCUGUAACAAGUCCAGAAGCUCCAAUGAAGAAAAGGGUGCCUAAACUCUUCUGAUGAAGCCAUGGCUACAGCUACUGUCAGUUACCCUGAGGAAUUACAGAGA